AUGACAUUCUCGGGUCUGCCCAGUCUUCGCGAUCCCAAGCACAGUCUCAAAAACUCAAACUCGGGGUCGUCGGUAUCUUCCUCCCCGAACAGCUCACCCAGUUCAUCACCCACCACCGAACCGAUUUCUGGUCUACAACAGCAACACCAGCAAGGUGGGCCUGCUGUCCUGGGUACUGCCGAUCAUCCUACAGUCAAUGUUGCCUCGCCUUCGACAACAACUACGUCAGCGGUGGAGGUCGUGCGACCCGCCGUCACUGGGAGCAGUAGCGGGGCUGCUAUGAUAUCGGUCGCGGUGGCCAAUGUCCCGACGGAGACCACAUCCAUUCCCACAAGCUUGAUCGAGAGGUCGUUCCAGGGGCUGAUUCAGUCGUCCUUUGGACAUGUCCUCAACUCUCUCCCUCCUCAGGGGAUGGCUGCCUCUCUGAACAGCAUGAGCAACCCGAGUACAAUGGAUCUGCACCAGCAGCAGGUCCAAUCACCCUCUCCUGUAUCGAUGCUUCUACCUCCAAUGACUGCAUCGCCAACGCCCAUUGUGACCAUGAAGAAGGCUACCCCACAGAGUCUAAGUCCUGCCCACAGUGCAGCUUACCGCAAGCGGCUGAAUGUUAAUCAAGAACCCAUCGUCUCCUCCCCUGCCAGCUCAUCAGGAAAGACGAAACGCGUCCGUGCCGCCAACAAGGACGGCAGAUCCCGUCGUGCCUCCAAGUCCUACCGUGGAAGCAGCAUCAGCUCCCACCAUAGCUCUUCCUACACCUCCCUCUCGUCCGAUAACGACGGCUCUGAUGAGGAAGAUGAAGAUGAGGGCGAAGAUGAGCAAAAGUCGACGAGUGGUUCAAGAGUUGGCGAAUCGUCUGUCUCGCCUGUGGUUGGGUCCUUGACCUUGGCUGGCUUGGGCUUCUCCAGUUUGGGUUUGGGCCUUGGUAGCUUUGGUUCUAACCUUGGUCUGGAUGCAAGACGUGGGAGUGAUUUCCAUAUGGCGAGCCCAACCACGUUCGAUUCCAGCAUGGCCGCCGUCCAAGAGAGUGCCAUGCCUCAGCAGAUGAGCCUGCAGGAUCAAGAACACCUCGAGCGUAUGCAGCGGAUCGAGAUGUUGCUCUCCAAUGUGAUUCCCGGUGCUGCAGAGUUCAUCACCGGCGGCUCGCAAGGCUCUUUGCACGUGCAGCAGCAGCAUCACCAACAUCUCAUGCAACAGCAACAGCAGCAACAGCAGCGUCGGACCUCUGUUGUGAAGAAAAAGGAUUUGUCUCUUUUGACCCAAAACCUCGACCUUCAUGAGCAACAGUCCCAGCACGAUCGCAUUUUGUCCCCUCAAGACCGCUUGGCCAAGAUGGCUCUUUCGUCGCCUGCCAUCAAUACGGCCAUGUCUAUGCCUUGGUCCAGCUCUCCCUCUGGCCUGUCUUCCCUCUGCGAGAAGACCGAGUCCACCGAGCCAUCUCAGUCGUCCUCUUCAUCGUCGUCUUUGCCAUUGAUGUCUGGCUCUGACUACAUUGAGCGCAUGAAGAAAAUCGAGAUGUUGCUGGGAACCAUCCAGGAUGUUCCUCUUGCCAAGGCUUUGAUCUCUCAAUCCGAGGGUCAGACUCUCUCCAGUGGAUCCUCAAGAAGUAACAGCGUUGAUGUCGCUGACAAUACAAUGUUGUCCAAAAAAGUUUCCAAGAGGAACCUGAAGAAGAAAGGCAGGGGCUAUGGUAAAAAGUCAAACUACAACAGCGACGGUACCAUCAUCAAGCGGCCUCAUGUUGCCGCAGGGUUCGCCGGACAGAAGCCUCCACCCAAACUCCCUCAGGCCAUCGCUGAGGCCGCUCAGAAGAAGCAAGCCACCCGCAAGAAGCGUGUCUCUGCUGCUGCCGCCGCCAAAGCCGCAGCUGCAGCAGCAGUUGCUGCUUCUGCUUCUGCUGACACCACCGCUACUAGAUCUGAGACUAACGAUGUCUCGUCUCCUCUGUCGUCGGUCUCGAUGCCCAUGGGUGGGUCGUCAUUGAGCACCGUACAGGGCGCCAAUGGGAUCAAGAUGGACUCGAGGAUGAUGACCAUUUCGACAAUGGCCUCCCUUGAUAUCCCAUCCACCUUUGAUAACGAGUCCUCGUCCUCUUCUUCCUUUGCGCACCAACGGCAACAGCAACAACAACAACAACAACAACAACAACAACUGAGGAUGUUAAACAUUCAACAGCAUCAACAACACCAGCACCGGUUGCAGAUGGCCCAACACCGCAACUCGAUCUCGUUCCAAUCACAAAGUCAAUUGUUUAACUCCUACCAACAGCAGCAACAACAUCAGCAGCUUCCUAUGUCUGGCACCAGCUCAAUGAACAUCCCUAUUGCGGACUCGACGUCCUCCUAUGGAUCCUUGGUCGUCCCCGCCUCAUCUUCGACAAGCUCCUCACCGUCCUCGUCGCCCAGCAUCUCAAGAGCCACCGUCAUCGGUCAGGACAACAGCACGAGAAUGGCGGGACAACAGCACCUUCAACCACCGCAGCAACAGCACAUUUCGUUCCAUCAAACUCAACUCUCGGGUGAUUUCGAGAUGGGCUUUGAUAUGCGUCAGGGCAUGUCCUCUGAUUCCGUUCUCCAGGCAACCAAUGAUACCCAUAUCCACCCGUUUACGCACUCUGAUCAACAGCAACAGCAACAACAGCAACAGCAACACCAGCGCCAGUCUAUACAGAUUGACCAGGACGGGUUUGCGGAUUUCGGAUUGAACAUGGACGAAUCGCUGGAGGGUCUGAUGAAGAAGAGUAUGGGAUCGUUUGACCGCCUCAUGGAGAGUUUCUCGAACGAUUCUCCUUCGCUCUUGGAGCAUCAUCACCAACUUCAUCAACAGCAACAGCAACAGCAGGUACUUGCACCUUCGACACCCGCUGCCUCUGUGGACCAGUUCUCGUAUUUCCAGAACUUGCAGCAGACUCCAACCCCACAACAGCAACAACAACAGUUCCUCCACAAUCAACAACACCAACAGCAGGGUCAGCAGCAGCAGCAGCAGCAGCAGGGACAUAUGAGCUUCCAGGAGGUGUCGAGGACGAUGUGGAUAUCAAACCACUCUGGAGGAGCCGCAUCCUUCUCCGUCCCCACCAACUCCGAGUUCUCAUGGUCGUCUCCUCCACCACACCAACAAACACCAUUGCAGGCACUUUCCCAGCAGCAGGGCACUAUGCAGAGUAUCAACAUCUCUGCUAACGAUUCGCCACAAGAAGAGUUGGAACUGGAGUUGGGCCUUGAGAGCCAUCAUGUUGUGCAACAACAGCAACAACAGCAACAACAGUUGAGUGCACAUGUGCUGUUCCAGCAACACCAUCAAGAGCAGCAGCGUCGUCAUAUAGAGCAGCAGAAACAACAACAUAGGGCAUCGAUCCAACACCAGCACCAGCAGACGUUUUAUAUCCCACAGAUGCAGGAUGAUGAGGAUGAGGAUGAUGAGGACGAGAGUAACGGUGGCCUCCCUGAUCAUGUAUGA